CAACAUUAUCUCGUUAAACAAAUAUAAAUUAUUUCUGUCUAGCUCAUUAGUUUUAAAAACGGGUUGUUUUUACUUACAAAUCAAAUCUGGCCGUUUGUCGUCUACCCUUACUCAAUGGACCACCACACCGGCUCAGGGACGUGUGCUCUGUUUGGAUACCAGCGAGCCGGAUGAGCGCUUCCGCUUUGGCUGUAGCCGAGCUGUCACUGCGGGAGGAUGAACAACCAGAAAUGUAGCACUUUAUUCCUGAAACUAAGAGGACGGAGGAGAAUUAUCCGAUGUAUCUACGUGGUGGGCUUCAUGGACUUGUUUGGGGUGAGCAUGAUCCUCCCACUGCUGAGCCAUCAUGUGAAGGCUCUUGGAGCAAGUCCCACUGUGGCUGGCAUUGUGGGGUCCACAUAUGGGAUCUUGCAGCUUUUCUCAAGCACAGUAGUUGGCAGCUGGAGCGACGUUGUGGGACGGCGGUACUCUCUGUUGACCAGUCUACUGCUGAGUGCUCUAGGCUACGGCCUCCUGGGGAUGUCCACCAGCAUUGCUUUGUUUGUCCUUGCACGGAUGCCAGUGGGGCUCUUCAAGCACUCCCUAUCUAUCUGCAGAGCUUUGCUGUCUGACCUGGUGUCAGAAUCAGAGCGCCCUCUGGUGAUGGGACACUUUAAUGCAGCUUCCAGCGUUGGAUUCAUUCUGGGUCCUGUGGUGGGUGGCUACCUCACUGAGCACGAAGGAGGCUUUUACACCUCCUCCUUUACUUGUGCAGCCAUCUUCCUUAUUAAUGCUGGGCUGGUAUGGAUGCUGCCAUGGAGUGAAACACUAGCAGAACGUAGUGAAACUAACUGCAGCAACAAUACAAGUGAAAGUUGUCAUAAUAACUAUUGUAGCAAGUCUGUGCACAAUGGUUCCCAUGUAAAUAGCCACCGCCCGGUGUCAACAGCAGAGACUGAACCAGGUUCUCCUGGGAAGCAUCAUCUCAGGUGGAGGGAGGUGUCUCUGCUCCAGCCUGCAUGGAAACAGCUGUCCUCGGUGGGCUCAAAAAUCCACAUGGUGGCCUCAUCCGACAUGUGGGACCUCUUUCUUGUCCGUCUUCUGAUGGCCAUAGCCAUCAUGCUCUACUACAGUAACUUCUCUCUGGCCAUGGAGGAGCGUUUCUCACUCAAACCAAAGACAACAGGUUAUCUGAUCAGCUACAGCAGCACCUUAGGGGCCUUGGCUGGUUUUUUGGUGGGGCCAGUCACCCAGCUCUAUAGAAACGACAUGCCUGCUCUACUGCUUCAUUCCACGGUGCUCACCUGCUUACUUAUUUUCCUCUACGCUGCUGCACCAAGCGUGUGGCAGGUGCUGCUCACCUCCACCUUCUUUGCCAUUUCCACCACUAUUGGACGGACUUGUAUCACAGACUUGGAGCUGCAGAGGGGAGGGGUCCAGGCCAGUGGGACUCUGAUUGGAGCAGGGCAGUCCGUCACAGCUGUAGGUCGAGUCUUGGCCCCACUCCUCUCUGGUCUGGCUCAGGAGUUCAGCCCUUGCGGUCCUCCCAGUUUAGGUGUGGUACUGGCUAUGGCAGCUGUAGGUUUACUCCUCAUCAGAAUCCCCAAAUGGGGCAGAAGAGGGGUGACUAAAGCAGCCAAAUUCUGAAACUCUCAGCAGCUGAGUGGAUUUAGAAGUGUUGAAAAUCAAUGCAAACCCACAGAUCAGAGAAGUGCUCUUAUUUGCAGGAGGCAGCUGUGAUGAACGGCAGACUCAAAGAAUGAACAGUGUUCACACUUUUUUUUUUUUUAGCAUGGCUGCAUCUGAAUGCGACCACAGUGAAAAUAGUUCACUACCAGCACUGCAGGCCUUCUCUCAGGGACAGUGGAAAUAGAAAAUUAAGUGCAUCACUGACAUAAGAAUAAGGCUGCAAGCAUGAUUGUGCUUAUAAAUAUGCUGAGGUUUGACCAGAUAGAAUCAUAAAGCAUGGACUUUGUCUUGGCACAUACUGUUUGAGAGUGCAAAAAUGCACAGAUUUUAAUGCAAUUCUGUAAGCACUACAUAAUUCAGUUCCCACAAAGUUACCGAAGUCAGUUAAUGAUACAGUCCAAGCUGAAAUAACUACUGAUUUAACAAAAUGCAAGAAGAGGAAGAUGAUAAGAUUAUGGUAAUAGUAUAAAGACAAUAUCUG